UGAGGCUCGGCUAACCCAUCAUAGCCCCGAUUUCUGCGUGCCGAAUUUGUAUCGUGCUCGCAUGUUUAUAACUGGCCUGAAAUCAAUUAGCCCCUUGUCACUCCGCCAGCAUAUAAAGUAGGUACAUAGAGUACCUGGUCACAAUGCCUUCCCCCUUGGUUUCGGCGGCUAUCAAACAUGUCAAACAACAAUCUGUACGGUCAACCGGGAUAAUACUACGGCCCACGCAGAUGCUGCAUCUCAGAAGCUCCAGGUACAUGUCGUUUUUUUCAGAAACCAGCUCGAACGGACGCAUGCUCGGAAGGCAGAGAAUCGCCGUCUCAGUCGUCCUCGCCUCCGCCGCCGGCGCAUUUGCUCCGUUUCUGCUCUUCCCGAAAAUGCUUCGAUUGGAUUCACAACCGGACUCACGACCGGACAAGCCCGUGGCAUCCGAGUCUCCGGGGUCCUCAAAAAAAUUGGUGUUUAUCUCGCCUUCGCCCGCACUUGAAGGACAUGAAACAGGUUCCGACCUGGACUUCUACGAAACGCUCGACCAAGACUACAGCGAAGCCAUAGCGCACCUCCCAGUGGAGGAAGCCAUCCUCACGACAGCACCCCACGUCCCGCCCCCCAUCACUCGGGACUACCCCGUCCUCCUCCGGGUGUCCCUCACGGCGUACACCAAGCUGAUCCAGCUUACCAACCGGUACCAAUACGAGCAGUGGACGUUCAACGGCACCGUCCCGGCGCCAUUCAUCCGCGCCCGGGUCGGCGACGUUGUCGACCUGACUCUCACCAACCGCGACGCGACCGGCAACCCGCACAAUAUCGACUGCCACGCCUUCACGGGGCCCGGGGGCGGCUCCGCGCUCACCACCGCCGAGGAGGGGGAGACUAAGGCGGCCCGCUUCCGGCUUCUCCGCCCGGGCAUCUAUCUCUACCAUUGCGCCGCCGCGCCCGUGCCCGUGCACAUCGCCAACGGCAUGUACGGGCUCAUGUACGUGCAGCCGGCGGUCCCGGGGGGCGGAGAGGGGCUCCCGCACGCCGACCGCGAGUACUACGUCAUGCAGAGCGAGUUCUACCACGAGCCGCCCGAGGUGGGCGACGACGGGAGGCCCUCCCGGACGGUCGAGUUCUCGUACCCGAACGGGCUGGCCGAGGAGCCCGCGGUCGUCGUGUUCAACGGGCGCGAGUCGGCGGCGACGCGGGACGCGGCGCUGCGCGCCCGGACCGGCGAGAACGUCCGCCUCUUCUUCGGCAACGCCGGCCCCAACCUGACCAGCUCGCUCCACGUCAUCGGCAGCUGCUACCGGCGCGCCUACCGCGACGGCGACGUGCUCGGCCCGCCCGCCCGCUUCGUCUCCACCGUCAGCGUGCCCCCCGGCGGGGCGACCAUCCUCGACAUGAAGAUGGUGGUCCCCGGCACCUAUACGCUCGUGGACCACGCCAUCUUCCGCCUCGACAAGGGCGCCGUCGGCUUCCUAAACGUGUCUGGGAAGCCGAGGCCGGACAUCUACGGGAGCCAAGAGCCGCCUGCGCCGUGUGUUGGGUGCAAGCUACACAGCUAGGGAGAACAAAAGGGGAGAGUUUGUUGCCCUCUCCCCCAACCCGAGCCUGUUCGUUGGUGUUUAAAGAGUACUUAGUACAUCCGUACUUUGACACGGUCUGGCGUAAAGAAUUACCUUGUAGGAUAAUUCUCCAGUUCCCUGUAUAUACCACAGU